AUUUAACAGCUAACUUUGUUGUUCACAUUUUCUAAAAAUUUUGUACAAAAAUCUGUAGUUUUUAAAGUUAUUCAAUAAAUUUUCAAUAAAACAUAAUGUCAGCACGCAAUUUAAUACUGAUGGGACAAUGUAUGCCCUGUGUAAAACAAAAUGCAUCCAAAAUACGCAUACGACGCAUGGAAUUGGAUAGAAAUCUUAAUAUGUACUUUAAAAAAGAUGAAUUCUACUUUGCCCAUGAUCCCCAAAAAGUCUGCAAGACAGGUGAUGUUGUCUUAAUACGCGAAUUGCCCGAGCGCCUAACACGUCUCAUUACCCAUAAAGUGGAAAAAGUUGUUUAUCAACUUGGUGACAUAACGGAUCCUAUAACCGGCAAACCUGUUGUGGCUGGCAAAUAUCGUGAUCAAAUCGAAGAGGCCAAUCGUAUGUUUGGUAAAUCAGAGAAAGCUUUCGACUAUAGUAAAGCACCACCCCGUGGCCGUUUGGAAGGUACAAAAGACUUUACACAUGGUGAAACUUACAUUAAGUAUCAUGAGGAUGGAAAAGAUCAACCCUUUGCUGUUUAAAUUGCAGACGAAAUUGUUAUAUGGUUUAGUGUAAUAAAUAAAUAUUAAAUACUAUAAAA